CGGGGCCUGCGGGAUGAGUGGCGGCGGCAGCGGCGGCGCCGAGACCCCCGGGGCUGCAGAGGCGGCCUCGGGCGCGGGGGGUCCGCGCAGGGACGGGCCGGCGCACCUGGUCAUCAAGGACAUCGGGGAGAUCCAUUCCCGACUGCUGGACCACAGGCCCGUCAUCCAGGGAGAAACCCGCUACUUCCUGAAGGAGUUUGAGGAGAAGCGCGGCCUGCGGGAGCUGCGCGCCCUGGAGAAGCUGCGGAGCGUCACCGGGGAGACGAGCGAGCAGACGCUGCCCACCUGCGCCGACGCGCUGCGGGACCUGGGCCCGGUGCUCCAGAGACUGGCGGCAGCAUCGGAGGCUGUGGGCAGUCUGCAGCGGAGGGAGCAGGAGUGGAGGAGGGUGCAGCAGGAGUGCUCCUCGGCCCGCGAGCAGCGGCAGGCCCAGCGGCUGGACGAGCUGCGGCAGGAGCAGCGCGGCCGGGAGGCGGCAGUGGACGAGGAGCACCAGCGCGCCCGGGCCCGGCUGCAGGCACAGUACGCACGCAUGGAGCAGGAGCUCGGCAGGUUCGCCGCCUUCUAGAGGUCCCCCAGAGACGCGGGGACCCCGGGCGCCCGCCCACAGUGACCCGGCUAGGGCCUGCUGCAGUCGGCCCAGCCCGGCUCCCGGCUCCUCG